AUCACACCUCCCCAUUCUAGCGACCCUAUCUACGUUUAUUGGUUAUUUGUGUUUUUGUUUGAGUUGCAAGCCUGAGCAAGCGCACUGUAGCCAGCGUUUGUCUCACGCUGUCACGAGUGCCGAUGCCCGUCGUCACCAAAUUCAAAACUUCGUACCGUUACUGUGUACUCUCUAGUACAAAGGACUUCAAGUACAAAGGCUGGACAACACGGUAGUUGCAGAGUGGCUCACUGCAGUUGUAGCCUAAUGCGUUUCCGACCUAAAGUUUCCUUUAUUCUACGCUUUUGACAAGCGUGCUUCUGACUGCGCGUGGCGAUACGAUCGUCCUGAACACGAUGGUGUCGGCUGUGCUUCAGUGGUUGCCGGCUGUUGCCCUGUUACACGUCGUCUCGGGCGACGCGACAUCGCCGACGGUCCUGCGCGAAGGCCAUCUAUACCUGGCCCGAUCGUACAACAGCCGGAAUGGGCUGGCCGUAUUCUGCUACCCGGGCGAACCGGCUGGCUACCUGUCGCUCUUCAAGUCUGUCUAUGUCGAGUUCAAGCUGGUGCCCGAAAGCUACACGCUCUUCGAGGGUCCCGACGAGGCGUCGGUGCGGUCGCAGUUCGAAGCGCACGUCGCCAGCUGGGUCCCGCUGCUUCCAUGGAGACGCUCCACCAUCUGGCUGUCGGCUUUCCGGCAGCACUGCAUCGGCGUCUCGUCCGAGGACGACUACCGGUUCGAGCUGGUGGUACGCGAGGCCAACUACUGGCGCCUGCUGCAGUUCAUCGCCUCGGUGCUGAUGUUCUUCGGCGUGCCUUCGCUCUGCCGCAACGUGCUCGUGUUCUACGCGUGCGGCGUCGCCGUCGGCGUGAUGGCCUCGUUACUCGUCGUCGUGUUCGUCGUGGGUCGUCUGUUGCCGCGUCGCUCGGCGUUCUACACGGUCCUCUGCUUCGGCUGGUCGCUGGUGCUCUACUUGCUGCAACUGAUGUGGUCCAACGUCUACCAGGUUCUGGCCGGCUACAGGAAUGUGCUGGCCGGCUACAUCGCCUUCACGGCACUACUGAGCUUUGCUGUCUGCUACCGUGUAGGGCCACCGACAAAUCCUCGGACUCUGGAUUUGAUUCAGUGGUCACUGCAGCUGGCAGCGCUGGUCGGAGUUAUCACGUCGUCCGAGCUCCACGAGCCAACAUGUGCCACAGCACUUGCCAUGCUGGUGGCUUACAACCUUCCUGCUAAGUGGACAGCCAAGCUGAGGACAUGGUGGCGGACACGCGUGUGCCGGCCAAAGGUGAAGCUCCUCACAGAGGAGGAAUACAUCUUGCAGGGUGACGUAGAAACUAGAAAGGCCCUAGACGCUCUGCGAGAGUUCUGCGGCAGCCCGAACUGCAAGACGUGGCAGGUGGUGACCCGCCUGAAGGACCCUGUGCGGUUCGCCAAGUUCGUUCAGGGACAGUCGCACCUCGCGGAUGAGGAAGUGCUCCAGUAUGAAGUCGAUUCAUCGGACAGGCCGCCUAGUGACAGGGAGCACCAGCUGACAGAGGAAAGUGACAGUGAGCAGCCAUCGUUUACGGAGCUUGUAGAGUAGGUCAGUGACCCUUCUGUACAAUCUGAACCUUUGCAUAUGAAAUGGGUGUAGCAAACUGAAACUUUGCCAACACCUAGGAUGGCUGGUGGUAAACAUGUGCAGCUGAGGCUGUGAAAUUUUAUUUUAAUCUUUUGGGUUUUACAAUCCCAUGAGGAUUCUGCCAGCUUUUGGCUGGUGACUCAUUCGAGAAUUUCUGUUGCACGAGGACAGUCACGUAUCGUGAAAGAUAGGUCAUUCCGCUCUGGCCUGGGUUUUUCAGACCAUCUGCCCAAUGGGGAGAGCUACCUAAUGCUGUGGAAACUUGAUGACUGAAAUACCACUUGUAUAAAAUACAGUUCAGGGAAGCUGCACUUGGUCCUCACUGGAACAGAAUCACUGCCAAGUGUGAUUGACAUGGAUGUUUCUAGUUGAAUUAUAACUGUGCAUUUGUAGCAUAGAUCUACCUCUUUGUUAGUUAGCAGCUAGCCAACCUAGAUAAUGUUUAAAUGGUCGAAAUUUUGUAAUUGUUGAAGACUUUGCUAGUUGGCGAAGAUGGUUUUGGCACGGGAAAUCCCACAUAUUAAGUUUGUAAAGAUUCCAUGUCGAAUCAUAUAGCAUUUUUCCGACCAUCACGAAUGUGACUGAAAAAAUUUGCACAUGUUUCUCGAAGUCCAAAACUCGCCCUGCUUGAUAUACGUAAGUAAUUAAUUUUACACUUAGAUCACUUCAUUACACUGCCGCAAAUACCAUUUUAUGAGUGCACUCCAACAACGUCUUUUGAAAAAAAUUGUUGUUUGAUGCCCUCUAGCUCAGUUGGUGCAAAAUUACAGACUCUUGUAAAUAGACAGGAAAGUUUUUGGCAACAGAAAUAAACCAGCUGGGUGAGUUUCAAACUUCAAGAAACAGGUGAAAAUUUUUUCACUCAUAUUCAUGAUGAUUGAAAAAAACGCUGGAUGAUUUGGCAUGGAAUGGCCCACAACUAAGUGUUGUGUGGGCAGGGGUGCUGGUGCUACAGGGUCGUGUGUUGUCUGAUGAUGGGGUCAGGUGAUAGGCUCUCAUCACGUUUUUGUAUGCUCAAUGUUGUCACUGAAACGCUUAUCUCAGUGAUGUUGUCAUUCCUUUCAUAGCUGUUGUUACCCCUUAAAGAAGCGCAAUGUACAGUGGAGAAAUGCCUGUGCCCCGCAAGACCCACUCAGCUCUGUGACAGCUGGACCAAAGUUUGCUUGGCUUGUAGGGCUGGUUGCAAGAACUGUCACAGGUUUCAUGCUGAGUGUCACAAAGGUGCCCUUUUCGUAACGGUUCGCAUGCAGCGAUGUAAAGUCCAAUGUGGGUGGUGUUGCCAGCAUGCUGGCUCACCUUUUUCAAAGUUGAUGGCCAUGAGCCAUGGACAUGACAGGCUCAACUUAGUGCUGCAUUUACAGAAGCAUAAAUGGACAAAGGGUGUCACCUGUGUUCUGUAGAGUAAGUGGGAUAGGCAGUUUCUUGCUCACAUUUUCAUAGUUUGUUGGUGCCUGCACUUAUCCCAGGCCAAGGGUGGCAUUGCCACUGUGACUGAAAUUAUUUCACAUUUUUGACCAAAGAGACCUUAGAUUUGUUUUUUGUAUUCAGGUAGUGCAUUUUCUUCCCUAGAACCACUGAUGUGUUCUUGUGACAAUACUUCGACUAACAUGUGUGAUUAUGAACAAUUUGCAACAGGGAACAGCAUACAAGGGACACCUUGUAAGCAACUUCCAUGGUGGCUCCACCCUUGCCCUGAAACAAUAAUACAGUUGCGAAAAAUCUCUCUCAAAAAGAAAGAUUAUGUUGUCUGUACUAAAAUAUACACGUGUCAUUGUUUAUUACUACCUACUGACAAGGUGUUCGCUUUCAUAUUUAUCUGCCACCUGUGUGCAUAACACCUGUGGGAAAGAAAUCUGCUCUUUUACACCUUCUAGAGCUGACAUUCUAUUGACCUUUCAGCAUGAGCUACAAGGGUCAUCUCGUCCUGUUUCAAUAAACUACUUUUACUUUGCA